AUGGACAUGCUAGGAGAGAUUGUAGAGCAUGAAAUAGAGGCCCCAAAGCCCCCACAAAUGACGGCUAAAACGGGGUUUCCAGAUUUGAAUAAGCUAAAAGAAAAGAAGGUAUCGAGAUGGAAGCAGAGACAAGAAUCUAAAAAAGUUCCAGACGAACAACAUUCAAAGCCAAUGGUCAGUAAACCUAUAUCAGAAGCUGAAAAGAUCCAUCAGGAAAAUUUGAACAAAAUAUCACAAAUGACCAACGAGGAAAUUGAACAAGAACAGGCAGAGUUAUUGAAUGGAUUGGAUCCAAAUCUUAUCAAGAGUCUCUUGAAAAGAACCGAAAAGAAAGAAAAAAGUAGCAAAAACUGUUGUGGUGAUGAUAAUGAAGGGCAUGUGCAUGCAGAAGGGUUCAGCGGAUGGAUAGGUGGCGGUAGAGCUAAUGAUAAAUGGGCGGAUGUUACGCUAUUAGAUGAAGAAGAUGUCGAUAAGGCAUUAGGAAUUAACCGUUUAAGCUUAGAAAAUGAUCUUAAACUGGAUGAGCAAGAAAAAGAAUCUCGAGCGGAUGCCAAAUCUAAAUCUGUGAGGUUUGAAGAAGUAGCCACUGUGAAAUAUGAAGAUUUAGAUGAGAAUGUUGAGUUGGAUCCUAAUGGAUGGGAAGACGUAGAAGAUGUAAAUGAUUUAAUUACGGGUGACAUAGAUGAAGUAGCACACGAGGAUUAUCAAUUAGUGAACGAUUCAGAUGAUGAAAAAGAAGGCUCCUCUGUUCAUUUUCCAAAGCCAAUACAGGCUAGUACUAAUAACGAAAAACUUGAUCUAAACGAUCCUGAUUUCUAUGAUAAAUUACAUGAGAAAUAUUUCCCUGAUUUACCAAAAGAAACGCAUAAGUUAUCGUGGAUGACGGAGCCAUUACCUAAACAAGUUGAUACUACUUAUGAAUCAAUUUCAGAUAUGAGAUUUGAUUUCAAGGGUGAUUUGGUUGAUUUAUUAAAAUCAGAAUCUGCCAAAGAUGAAGUGCCUACAUAUUUAGGGCUACACCAUCAUUCUGAAAAUCCACAUUUACCAGGAUAUACUUUAAGUGAAUUAGUUCACUUGUCGAGGUCUGUUCUUGCAGGUCAGAGGUCCUUUAGUAUACAAAUCUUAGGCAGGAUUUUGCAUAAACUUGGGUUGCAUAAAUAUAAUAUUUUACCAGUAGGAGAAACUGAAGACCAAGAAUUCAAUGAAAAUUUAUCCGAACUUAUGUCAAAUUUUGAAAACUUAAUGUGGGAUUUGAUUGAGGAAUUAAGAAUCAUUGAUUCUUUGACGGAAGCCGCCGAUGAAUCAAAGACUAGAAAUUUAUCAGUAAGAAACUAUGCGAUAGAAGCGCUCUGGUUAUGGAAACAAGGGGGUGGUAGAAAAAAAACUGGAGAUGUCACAGAGAGCAGUGAGUAUAUAGCAUCUAACAUGGCUGAAUAG